AAAGACCAGCUUCAACUCCGCCACUUUCGCCACUCCACAGCUGCACGGAACCCACAGUGCAUCCACCGCCACGGGCCAUCACCGUUCUCCCCCACCCCGACAGCAUCGCACCCCAUCACCAGGAGCCCCUCCCGAGAAUCGCCGGAACCCCAUCGCCGGCCGGCCGCCUCGAUGGGGUGCGGGCAGUCCAAGAUCGACCAGGAGGAGGCGGUGUGCCGGUGCCGGGACCGGAAGCGGCUGAUGGCCGACGCCGUUCAGGCGCGGAACGCCUUUGCCGCCGCCCACACCGGCUACACCGUCCGCCUAAAGAGCACCGGCGGCGCGCUAUCCGACUUCGCCCACGGCGAGGCGCCCGACCCUAGCCUGCUGGCCUCCUAUUCCCACCACGCCGCCGCCGCCGCCGCCGCCGCGGCAUCCGUGUCCGCGCCGCCUGACCCCUCCACCGCCUCUGUCCUCAGCGCGGCCUCCCCGCCGCCCCCGCCGCCAUUCUCUGACUUCUCCCACUCCAGCCUCCAACGGUCCUCCUCCACCCCCAACAUCCCUAUGCCCGACCCGAGGGCCGACGCCAAGAACCGGCCCCCCACCGGCGCUGCUAUCCGGGAGGAAGACGAGGACGAGGAGGAAGAUGAUGGGCAUAUCAGGACCGACAGUGAUGAUGAUGAUGACGACGAUGACAGCGAUGACGAGGAUGAUCACCAUGAGCAUGACGAUGUUAGUGUGGAUGGCAUGGUUCACGGACGGCUGCAGAAGCGGGUUGUGAUUGAUAGCGUGGGAUCUUCUCCGGUGACACCACCUCCGCCACCACGUCUGAACCCAGCCCCACCAACGCCGGCCUCCGCAACGCCACCACCUCCGGUGCCAGAGUCACAGAUGGCUACCUGGGAUUACAUCUUUGGUCCGAUCCCCACGCCACCACUCACCCUAGAGCAGCCCCCUGAUGAAACUUGGAUGGAAAGGCACGAGAAGGAGAUAGUGGCUGAGGUGAAAGCACCUGUGACAAAACCAGUUGUUAGUGAACCAGCUGCUGCUGAGGAAAGGCCACCACAUACAGCCGCAGAGAAACAGAAAACCGUUGAGGAAAUGGUGGCAAAUCUAGCCCCAUCAAAACCUAUUGUUCGGAAGCCACCCAAGGCUCCUGGCCCACUGCCGGCAGUACACUACCAGCAUGCCUCAUCGAUGGGUAUUGUUGAGACUCGAAAGGGGAAGAUGAUGGCGGCAUCAGGGACUGCCAGCUUGCUACAGAUUGUUACUCAACUUGAUGAUAACUUCCUCAGAGCUUCAGAGAGUGCACAUGAUGUGUCAAAAAAGUUGGAGGCCACCCGAAUGCAUUACCACUCCAACCAUGCUGAUAGCCGAGGACAUAUUGAUCACUCUACAAAAAUUAUGCAUGUUAUCACAUGGAACCGCUCCUUCAAGAACUUACCUGACCAUGAUGACCUGAAUGAUAAUUUUGAGAUAGAUGAAAGAUUUGAAACUCAUGCUGCAGUUCUUGAUAGAAUGCUUGCUUGGGAGAAAAAACUGUAUGAUGAAGUGAAGGCUGGGGAGCUUAUGAAAAUCGAUUAUCAAAAGAAGGUGGCUCUAUUGCAUAAGCAGAAGAAACGUGGUGUUAAACUUGAAACCCUGGAGAAGACAAAAGCUGCUGUUAGCCACUUACACACAAGGUACAUUGUAGAUAUGCAAUCCAUGGAUUCAACAGUUUCAGAAAUAAAUCAGCUUCGUGAUAAACAGCUAUACCCAAAGUUAGUCGACCUUGUUGAUGGAAUGGCUAAGAUGUGGAGUGCUAUGCACCGUCAUCAUAGGAGUCAGUUUAUGAUCGUCAUAGGAGUCAGAGGUUUUGAGGUUCCUCCUGUUCCAAGAGAGACAACUGAUUCACAUUACAACCAGACUUGCGAGCUACGUGACAUCGUUAGGGAGUGGCACGUGCAGUUCGAGAAACUGAUGGACAAUCAGAAAGCAUACAUCAGAGCACUCAAUGCGUGGCUGAAGCUUAAUCUCAUCCCUAUCGAGAGCAACAUGAAGGAGAAGGUCUCCUCCCCUCCAAGGCAGGUGGAUCCACCCAUCAAGCACCUGCUGUAUGCCUGGCAUGACCACCUUGAGAGGCUUCCAAUUGAGCUUGCAAAAACUGCCAUUAAAAGCUUUGCUGAAGUCAUAAGCAAUAUUGUACACCUUCAGGAAGAGGAAGUAAGCCUAAGGAGGAGAUGUGAAGAAACUCGCAGGGAUCUGAACCGAAAGAAAGGACAGUUUGAAGACUGGCAUCAAAAGUAUUUGGAGAGACGGGCGGCCUUAGGUGAGGAUGCAAACCCUGAAGCAGCUGAAACUCAAAACCGAGAUCCUAUCGAAGAGAGGAAACGUGCCAUCGAGGAAGUAGAGAUUAGGCUGAGGGAGGAGGAGGGUGCCCACCAUAGGCUUUCCAGGCAGGUGAGAGAGAAAUCACUUGCAAACCUCCGGACACACCUGCCAGAGCUCUUCAGAAACAUGGCUGAUUUCGCUUUCUUUUGCCAUGACAUGUACAACAAUUUGAGAAAAACUGCUACCAUGCCCAAAGAUGAAGUCCAAGGCUGAUAUUGUACGUUCGUAGUCGUACUCAACCAGCAAUAGGAGAAAACUUUGGCUGUAGGUGUUUCCUGGUGACUUGGGGAUCCUGAGGUCACUCUCAAUUUGUCGGAGUACGUUGUAGAGCUAGUGAUCAUUAAUUAUGUUUAUAAAUUGAAAUGAUCCUUCCUGAGUUCAUUGUUUAUUGCCAUUCUGUGUUAUGCGUUGAUGCCUUAUUUUGA